AUGUCCGAACCGUGGCGACCAUGGUUCGAGAAAGAAGCAGGAGAAACACCCCAAUUUUGGAGAGGAGCAAUUUCUCGUUCUCAAAACCCAAGCCCUCCGGCCACAAUUUCCAGCCUUCUGCCCGGAAGUUUUCUUCUCUCGAUCGACGAUGACACUCCCGAGUCCGGGAACACGGAGUUCUACACCCCGCCAGCCUCAGCAGCCGGGGCCUAUGGAGUAUUCGCGAACCAACUUGACGGACAAGCCAUGAUGACCAGUCCAGAAGGCCUCACCGCUCGCCUGCCCGUUGCACAAUCGUGGCACAGAACUUCUGAGGUUGACUUAGACCAAAUCAUCGUUGAGCGCAUUGGUGAGGACUGGUGGCGAUGUAAGCAAGCCCCCAGGCAAGAUACCCUCUUCGCACCAAUCUCACCAAAUGCGUCCGAAGCGCCGACACAAGCCUUAGAAUUGGCUUCCCCUUUCGACUGGGCUAACUCAAAGACGGUCUGUUGGCUCGACCAGCCCCACAGACACGACUGUCGAAUCAUGAAGCAGGAUUGGCAAAAGCUUGAGGGGGGCGACGAGAUGUGUGGCUACAGGCGUACUCGUGCUGCGAGCUGGGCGUUGAAUUCCGUGGUGAUAUCGGGCCCGGAGAGCCUCAUUCGGUUUGGAGGACAGAUGGCACAGCGCGAGUGCGAGGGCGAACUAUCUCUGCGGGACCGGAUUGUAUCGUGGCUAAGGGCUUUGAUGAAACGAGAGAUCCUGGCGGUGCAGAGUGACCCAGGUGUAGCGAGGCGCGAGUAA